AUGGACAAGAUUAUUGAGAAAGUAAAGAACAAGCUCGAUGGUAACAGCAACCAUGGCAUGACUGCCAACACUGCUGUGCCUCAGCUCAAUGCUCCUCUGGACAAGAAACUCGUGUACAAGGUCCGCAAGCAACGUGGUGUAAACCUCGGCUCAUGGUUCUCGCUUGAGUCGUGGCUGACAGGUAGUCUUUUCCAACAUGCCAAGGAUCCGAAGGGUAGUGAGCUGGAUAUUGUCUCGGGCAUGAACGCCAAUGAUGCCAAGGCCAUGCUGGAAAACCACUGGGACAACUUUAUCAACGAUGGUGACUGGCAGUGGAUGGCCGGUCAUGGCAUCAACUCGGUGCGCAUUCCAAUCCAUUACGUACACUUCCUUGCUGGCAACCCGAAUGUGCACGGCCUGCUCAAGGGCACGGAAUUCGAGCCUUACGCCGCUGUGUACGAGGGUGCCUGGCAGCGUGUGGUCCGUGCUAUUCAGAAGGCUCAACAGUUGAACAUUGGUGUUCUUAUUGACCUUCACGGUGUGCCCGGUGGCCAGAACAAAGAUGGCCACUCAGGUAAGAGUGAUGGAAAGGUGCACCUGUGGCACGGUAUUCAUGCUAGCUCGAACCGCAAGCUUACGAUUAAGAUUCUGGUGGCUCUAGCUUCUGCUAUUGGUGGCUAUGAGAACGUCAUUGGCCUAGAGCUGAUGAACGAGCCAGAGAACUCGGCAGCGCUGGAAGGCUUUUACAUCGAUGCCAUCAAGGCCAUUCGCUCCGAAGCCUCACCUCAGGGCGCUGAACUGCCAUUGUACAUCGGUGAUGGCUGGGACACGUCACACUACACCGGCUUUGUCAACAAGCACAACGAUGCUGGAAACCCGUUGGUCGUUGACCACCACUUCUACCGCUGCUUCACGCAUCAAGACCACAACACCACGGCGAGCGACCAUGCGAACCAUUUGGAGCCAAACGGCGGCAAGACGGCUGUUUGGCUCAAGAAGAUGUCGGACAAAGCGAAUGGCUCCAUAAUUGUGGGUGAGUGGAGUGCCGCCUUGAACCCGAAGUCGCUGCACGGUCACGGCAACAAGCAGGAGGCACAGAGGGCCUACGCUUAUGCCGAAUGGCAAGCAUUCGAGCACUUCACUGCUGGCUACUAUUACUGGACGCUGAAGAAAGAGGGUGGCCCUGACCCGGGCUGGUGUCUGUACACUGCCAUGGAGCAAGGUAUAAUGCCUCCUUCGCUGAACCCUCGCCAGGCUCUCCGCGGCGGUAAUGCAAGCGUGCAGGAGAUGCAAAGCCGCGCUGACAGCGUUUUGGAGCCAAUUUAUGAAAGGCAUGUUAGCCACUGGGACUCUAUGGGUGGCAAGUUCAAGCAUGAUAACUUUGUGGAAGGCUUCAAGUCGUCGUGGAGCGACUCGCUUGCUUUCCUGAACCAUGAUUCGGAGAUUGGUCUUAUCCCCUACCUCGCCAAGCUGCGUCUGGCUGCCUUUACGAACCAAGUGCAAGACAAGAACACGGCCUGGGAAUUUGAGCACGGCUAUGUGCAGGGUGCUAUGGCCUUCCGUGAGUCGUUGAUGUCGUAA